AUGUCCAGUCAGCGUCUUCGGGAGCAGCAGCAGCAGCAGCAGCAGCAGCAGCAGCAGCAGCAGCAGCAGCAGCCGCAGCAGCAGCCUCCGCCCCCUGUUUCUGGCCUUCGGGCCCUUGGUCUCCCCUCCUCUCCUCCUGUGUUCGGUCCUACGUUUCCUCCUCCGGACUCCACUCCGGCUGUCUUCCCUCGUUCUCUGUCUCCUCCGUCCCCCACUCCUCUCGCCCACACUUGGGCCUCUCGUCCUCCUCGUGCUCGUCCCUCGUCCCCUGUCACUGACCUCCGUACCGUGUUGUUUCGUCCUAGUCCUCCUCGUUCUCCUCCGUCGGCCCUUCCUCGUCCUCCUGAGUCUUCCCUCACUGCCUCCCUGUCCACUCCGGUCACUGACUACUACCGCACGUACCGCCCCACUCUCUCUCGUGUUCUCGCCUCUCUUGUUACAGACCCUCGUGCCUCCCCUUCCUCCGUCGCGGUCCUCACUGCCGCUGUCACUGACUUUACUGCUACGCGUCGCCUUGACUACGCCACUCGUGUUGUGGCCGCUCCUCCUGUCCGUCCUCUGUCCGCCGGGGGUGAGUCUGCCCUUGGCUGUGACGUCCUAGAGGACAGACAGUUUGAGCUAGAGUUCCUGGCAGCUGCUUCGCCUCAUCUCUGUGCCAUGCUGCUCACUCCUGAGGGAGACCCCGACGCUCCUGACAUACCUACUCCUCGCACUUACGCUGAGGCAGUGUCAGGGCCUUGGGCCUCUCAGUGGAGAGCUGCCAUGGACGCAGAGAUGGCCUCCUACAGGUCCACAGGCACUUACGUUGACGAGGUUCCCCCCCCAGGGGCGAACAUCGUUGACGGCAUGUGGAUCUUCAAGGUGAAGCGGCCGCCGGGAUCUCCCCCAGUCUUCAAGGCACGCUACGUGGCUAGAGGGUUCAGUCAGCGUGAGGGAGUUGACUUCUUUCAGACCUUCGCGCCCACCCCGAAGAUGACCACUCUUCGGGUGUUACUGCACAUAGCAGCGCAGAGAGACUACGAGCUACACUCUCUUGACUUCUCCACUGCCUUCCUCCAGGGCCGCCUACACGAGGAGAUCUGGCUGCGUCGUCCUCCGGGCUUCACUGGCACUUUCCCGCCUGGGACCCAGUGGAGCCUCAGACGACCGGUCUACGGUCUCCGCCAGGCACCCCGUGAGUGGCACGACACUCUCCGCUCUACUCUGUCCGACCUCGGGUUUGAGCCGUCUUCCGCCGACCCGUCGCUGUUUGUUCGUCGUGGGCGCACACCUUUCUUCGUUCUGGUCUACGUUGACGACUUGGUUUUUGCCACAGCCGACACAGCUGCACUGGCGGAGGUGAAGUCCGAACUGCAGAAGAGACACACCUGCACUGACCUUGGGGAACUGCGCCGCUACCUUGGCCUGCAGAUCUCCAGGGACAGAGCCGCUCGCACCAUCACUCUGACUCAGUCACACAUGGUGCAGCAGGUCCUUCAGCGGUUCGGGCUUCAGGACUCCUCUCCUACACCCACUCCUCUUGCUGUAGACCACAGACUCACUGGGCCUUUUCCUGACGAGCCGUUCGAGCCCAGUGGUCCCUACGCAGAGCUGGUGGGCUGCCUCAUGUACCUGAUGACGUGUACUCGCCCGGACCUCGCCUUCCCUCUUAGCAUCCUGUCUCGCUUUGUUGCGACUGGGAGACACCGUCCUGUUCACUGGGCGGCGGCUAAGAGGGUGGCGAAGUACCUUGGCGCGACAUCAGGCAUGGGGCUUGUACUUGGAGGGACACAGCCAGUUGUACUCACCGGUCACUGCGACUCCUCCUACGCCGACGACGUUGAGACUCAGAGGUCUACGCAGGGUUACUGUUUCAGCCUGGGUUCUGGAGCUGUUUCGUGGAGGUCUACUCGGUCCUCCUCGGUUGCGACUUCUACCGCAGAGGCCGAGAUCUACGCUGGGGCCCUUGCUGCUCAGGAGCUACGCUGGUUGACCUUUUUGCUCACUGACCUUGGUGAGCGGCCGAGCUCUGCACCGACCCUGUUUGCUGACAACAGGGCGAUGAUUCUCCUGUGUCGUGAGCCUCGACUGGAGAGCAGAGUGAAGCACAUCGACGUCAGGUACUUCCUCCUUCGAGAGUUGCAGAGAUGCGGGCAGGCUCGUCUGGACUUCGUGGCCUCCGAGGCCAACACUGCAGACAUCUUCACCAAGGCUCUUCAGCCUUGUGACCACCGCCGGUUCUGUCUGCAGUUGGGCCUCGUUGAGACUGGGUCGAGUAGACUGCAGUAG